AUGGGACGCAAGAAGAUCAAGAUUCAGCCCAUCAAAGAUGAUCGUAACAGACAGGUUACAUUUUUAAAAAGAAAACAUGGGUUAAUGAAGAAAGCAUAUGAACUAAGUGUUUUGUGUGAUUGUGAAAUUGCAUUGAUUAUAUUUAAUAAUAACGGGAAACUUGUACAGUAUGCAAGUACUGACAUUGAUAAAAUAUUAAUGAAAUAUACGGAAUAUAAUGAACCUCAUGAAAGUAAAUCAAAUCAAGACUUUAUUAAUUCAUCUGAUCAAGAUGAUUUAAUAAAAGAUGACGAAGAUGAAGAAGAAAUAAGUGAAAAUAGAAAAUCUAUACCGACAGUUGUAACGGUACCAACUCAAGCAAAUCAUAAUAAAACACCGAUCAUGAAUUAUUCUUCAUCGUCGCCUCAGCCAAACAUACCUUCACAAAUGUAUUAUCCCCAAUCAAGAUAUAUGACAGCUGGUGGUGGUGGCCCUCCUCCACCUCCUCCACAAGGUUAUGAAAUAUAUAAUUUACAACAACAACAACAACAACACCACCACCACCAACAACAACAACAACAACAGCAACAACAACAACAACCGCAGCCAACUCCCCAGCCAAUGUAUAUUUUGAGUGGUCAACCACAACAGCAACAACCUAUUCCAUCUUAUGCUAUUGCUCCACUUCAAUAUCAACCACCUUAUUCUGUAUCACCUCAGCCAUCAUUACAUAGUAGACAAGCUUCUUUACAAUAUCAAAAUAGUAAUCUUUCUUCUCCUAAUCUUGGUGCACCCACAAGCCCAGCUAUGUCAACUCAUAGUAAUGUCAGUAGUGGUACACCAAAAAAGCCACCUAAACUACGUGUUCAAAUCCCUGAUUCCACAAAUAGUGAGUCCCCUAACAACAACAAUAAUAGUUCAACAGCAACAACAACAACAACAACAAAGCAUCGACAUCAACUGUCCGUAUCUUCUGUAUCUUCAACUACGUCAAGUAUUAAAGAAGAAUUGAAUAAAGAUGAUCCGUCUACUUUACCACCUCCUCCACCUCCACAACAACCUUAUUACCGACAAACUGAACCAGGUCCACCUUCAGCUUUGCCAUCCCAGUUUGCACAAAAUUUACCUUCUCCUUCCACAUUUUAUCCUGAAUUUUAUCAACAAAAUGAAUUACCAAGUCCUUUAAAUUUUUCUUCAACACCUAUUAAUAAUAAUCAUGCAUUUCAUUGGCCACCUGUACCACCACAGCAACGCGAUUAUAAACCGUCUCCUUUGAAGCCUGAAGCAUCUAGUGAUCAUAGCAAUAAUAACAAGCGUGGUAUGGAAGAUGAAGAUACAUUAAAUAAUACAAAAAAACCAAAAUCAUAA